AUGGCAGAUCCACAGGUCAACGAUACAAACCAAAUUAUACAAGAGGCCAUUGAGCCAGACACGGAGCCGGGUGACGAAGGAAUCGGGGAGGCGACCAUAUCGAGCUAUUGUACGUCCAUUGCGUCGGAAGUCCGAAACGGAAGGAUCGAGAAUGGACGCGUGUAUGCCUCAUACGGGCAAAAUGAAUAUGCCUUACCGGUUGACGAAGACGAGGUGGACCGGAUCGAUAUGAAUCACGCAAAAUAUACAUUAUUGCAGGAGGAUAAGCUGUUUUUGGCACCACUAGCGCCGGAUCCGCAGAAUAUCUUAGAUAUUGGGACCGGCACAGGAAUCUUCGCCAUUGAGGUCGCAGAAAAGUUUCCCUCGGCCGUGGUCACUGGAACCGACAUUUCUCCAAUGCAAGCUACAUGGGUACCCCCGAACUGCUCCUUUGUAAUCGACGAUGCCGAAGCAGAUUGGCUGUAUAAGAGAGACUCCUUCGAUUAUAUCCAUGGCCGAGAUCUGUACCAGUCAAUUCGUGAUUGGCCAAGGUUGAUCCAGCAAGCCUAUACCCAUCUUAAGCCUGGAGGGUACCUUGAACUGGCCUGCGUGUGGCCGAUCCCCCAGAGCGACGACGGCACCCUGCCAUCUAGGGAAAAUUCGGCAUACGUUGAAGUGUGCGCGACGUUCCAAGAGAUCGCAGAGCAGAUUGGUGCCGCUCCUGAUGCUCCUUUGAGCUACCGGUCGUGGAUGGUGGAUGCUGGUUUUGUCGACGUUCGCGAGCAUGUAUUCAAACUCCCUACCUCCCCUUGGCCUCGAGACCGCAGAUUGAAAAAGAUUGGCGCAUUUGAGCUUGUGAAUGUCAUGGAGGGCGCCCAGGCAUUCUUGCUCCGGGGCUAUGCAACCAGCUUAGGCCGAACGAGGGAGGAACUCGAGAUUUUGUUGGCGCAGAUGAGAAAGGAGUUGCUUACUCUGCGAUAUCACAGUUACGUGUCGUUGUGA